AUGGCAACAAGCGCGACUGACGACCUUGUGGUCCAAUUAGAGGGAUCUCUUGGCCUAUCAAGUCUGGAACAGGGCCCCAAGCUGGUAGGGGCAGUCAUCGCAGAAAAAAUGCCAAACCGUGGUGCCAUAAAGAAUAUUCUAAGAUCUGCCUGGAAGGAUUUUGGUGAGGCAAGAAUCACAUGGGUGCAGGACAAUUUGUUCUCUAUCACUGUGCAAGAUGAAGAUAUGGCUACCAAGAUUCUCAACAAUGGUCCCUGGUCUGUCGCGAAGCAAUGUUUUUCUGUUAAGCGAUGGCCAAUGGACCUUGCCAUUGAGGAAGUGAAUGUGGGGCUGGUUCCCUUCUGGGUUCAAAUAAGGGGUGUCCCCCUCAACUUGUGCACAAAGGAGAAUAUUGAAAAACUUGGUGACAAGGCUGGUGACGUUCUUGAGUAUGAUUGUCCAAUCCAAGCUCGGGGAUACCUACGGGUGAGAGUUUUAGUCAACACGGCCAACCCUCUUGUUCCAGGAUUUUGGCUCCAACGAGUGGAAGGGAAGGAGACAUGGGUUGAGUUCCAAUAUGAACGGUUGGCUGAUCUGUGUUACAAGUGUGGGAGAAUUGGUCAUCUCAAUAAUGACUGUCGAUUUGAGCAAACCCCCCAGGGCUCAGCCACAUAUGGAACUUGGACGAGAGCUAGAAUCAUCAGAGAGAUGCAUGAUCAACCAAAACCAGCGAUGGUUCCCACCAGGGAAAGACGCAGGGCCAGCACUGUUCGACCUUGCACACAAACCUUUGAGAUGGAGCGUGGCAGCUACACGCGCGAAGAGGGGGUGAUCACAUCGAACCAGGGAACUGACUCUGUCAGGCAGCAAAGUCAGAUGGGACUAUCACAGAGUACAAGGUAUGGAACGUUGCAACAGGUGGGCAAUCGAGACACUGUGAUUCUUGCAGGGAGUGACAAUGACCAAUCACAACCAUUAAACUUGGGUAGUGGGAUGUACAAUAGAGCCCCGAGACCAGCUCUGUUAUUGGGACAUGUGCAUUAUGAAAGAGAACAAGCUACCCCAUUUGGGCCUAGAAGAGAAGGUGACCCAAGUGCAUCUCAUUCACUUGAAGAGCAAAACCCAUCUGCAUCUGUUUAUGGGCCUAUAAGUCAAUCAGGCCUAGAAGCAACAAGGGGCUUAACAAAUAAGGGUUGCCCUGCAAGGGUGACAUUACACGCAGAAAACGAAGAAAAUUGGAGGCACUGGAACCUCAGGAGGAAGAAAUCACAAAAUUAUGAAGCCAACUAG